CCGCGGCAGCCCGCCAGCAGCGCCACAGCAGGCGCGGGGCCGGCUCGCUCCGCGCUGCCUCCCGGCCGCCCGCCCCGCCGCUCCCAUGCGGGCCGGCGGCGAGGCAGAAGAUGGCUGACUCGCCGGGGCACCCGCGCCCCUGCCCGCCCGCGCCCCCCGCCCGCCCGCCGCCGCCGCCGCCGCCGCCGCGCUCCCCCCGGGCCCUCCGCGGCGCCGCCUGCCACCACUGAGAGCCGCCGCCGCCGCCCCCCCGCGCCCCUCCCGGCCCCCCCAGAGCACCAGCAGCCAUUUCAUCUCCACCACCACCACCACCAAGUAGGCGCAAAAAAUGGCAGAAAUGGAGAAAGAAGGGAGACCUCCCGAAAAUAAAAGGAGCAGGAAGCCGGCUCACCCGGUGAAGCGGGAGAUCAACGAGGAGAUGAAGAACUUUGCUGAAAACACUAUGAAUGAGCUCCUUGGCUGGUAUGGUUAUGAUAAGGUAGAACUGAAAGAUGGAGAAGAUAUUGAAUUCAGGAACUACUCAGCAGAUGGGGAAAGCCGCCAGCACAUUUCUGUUCUCAAAGAAAAUUCUUUGCCAAAACCAAAAUUACCUGAGGACAGUGUUAUUUCACCGUACAAUAUAAACCCAAGCUACCCAGGGCUUGCCACAGGAAAUGGACUAUCAGACUCACCAGCAGGGUCGAAGGAUCAUGGGAAUGUACCCAUUAUUGUCCCAUUAAUUCCACCACCUUUCAUAAAGCCACCAGCAGAAGAUGAUGUGUCAAAUGUACAAAUAAUGUGUGCCUGGUGCCAGAAAGUUGGAAUCAAGCGCUAUUCCCUGAGUAUGGGAAGUGAAGUGAAAUGCUUCUGCAGCGAGAAGUGCUUUGCAGCUUGCCGAAGAGCAUAUUUCAAGAGAAACAAGGCUAGAGAUGAAGAUGGACAUGCUGAAAAUUUUCCCCAGCAGCACUAUGCUAAGGAAACUCCAAGACUUGCCUUCAAGAAUAACUGCGAACUACUUGUAUGUGACUGGUGUAAGCACAUAAGACACACAAAAGAGUAUCUGGAUUUUGGGGACGGGGAAAGAAGGCUUCAGUUCUGCAGUGCAAAAUGUCUCAAUCAGUACAAAAUGGACAUUUUCUACAAAGAGACACAGGCCAAUCUUCCAGCUGGACUGUGCAGUACAUUACAUCCUCCAGUCGAAAAUAAAGCAGAAGGCACUGGGGUGCAGCUGCUGACUCCAGAUUCUUGGAAUAUACCGCUAGCAGAUGCUCGGAGAAAAGCCCCAUCCCCAGCGUCUGCAGCUGGCCAAAUUCAAGGCCCUGGACCAUCAGCCUCUACCACUGCCUCUCCGUCUGACACUGCCAACUGCUCUGUCACUAAAAUCCCCACGCCAGUUCCCAAACCUAUUCCCAUCAGUGAGAAUCCAAAUAUUCCACCGGUUUCUGUCCAGCCACCUGCUAGCAUUGUGCCUCCAAUUGGUGUCCCUCCUCGCAGUCCUCCCAUGGUGAUGACAAACCGUGGGCCAGUUCCUCUGCCCAUAUUCAUGGAACAGCAAAUUAUGCAGCAAAUCCGUCCACCGUUUAUUCGUGGGCCACCUCACCAUGCCUCAAAUCCUAACAGCCCUCUGUCAAAUCCAAUGAUUCCUGGAAUUGGUCCCCCACCAGGUGGUCCCAGAAAUAUGGGUCCCACCUCUAGCCCCAUGCACAGGCCAAUGCUUUCCCCCCAUAUCCAUCCCCCCACAACACCUACCAUGCCUGGGAAUCCUCCCGGCUUGUUGCCACCUCCCCCUCCCGGAGCUCCUUUGCCCAGUCUUCCCUUCCCCCCUGUCAGCAUGAUGCCAAAUGGUCCUAUGCCUAUGCCACAGAUGAUGAACUUUGGAUUGCCAUCCCUUGCCCCACUCGUGCCACCCCCAACUCUACUAGUGCCAUAUCCUGUCAUUGUCCCUUUGCCCGUUCCCAUCCCCAUUCCCAUCCCCAUCCCUCACAUCAACGACUCCAAACCCCCCAACGGCUUCUCCAGCAAUGGCGAAAGCUUCAUUCCGAGUACCUCCAGCGAGACGCCUGGGGCAAAGCCAACCAAUAGCUCUUCAUCCCCUCGAGAUUCGAAGCAAGGAUCAUCCAAGUCCUCUGACUCAUCACCGAGCUGCUCAGGCCAGUCCCUUAAUCAAGCUAAAGUGCUUCAGGAGCACAGUAAAAAUGAAGUUGUUGAUUUGACUGUCAGACCUGGUAGUCCAGCGAACAGUAAAUUUGGUUUCCCCAGUGUGCUACAGGGUCCACAGGACGGUGUGAUAGACCUAACAGUAGGCCACCGGUCUAGGCUGCACAAUGUCAUCCACAGGGCUCUACAUGCCCAAGUGAAGGUUGAACGUGAACCUAACAGUGUUGUAAAUUUGGCUUUUGGUAGCUCAGACAAAAGGAACUGCAGUGACUGCAGGGACAACUGCAGCCCGGUUGACUCAAAAACGUUACCGUGCAGUGACGGAGCUCACUGCUGUCCCGUCUCCUUGGCCUCUGGCACGCCAGGACUGGAAGCUGGCGCAGCGGUGUGCAACGUCAUUGUGAAUGGCACAAAGAGCACAGAGGGUUCCAAGAACCCGGAGCCGCCCCAGGAGCCGAAAAAGCCCCAGUCCCCGGAGGAGCUGGCGGUGAGCGAGCUGGAGUCCGUUAAGGAGAACAACUGUGCGUCAAACUGCCACCUUGAGGGAGAUGCUGGCAAGAAGACUGGGGAGGAGCCCCUGGCUGGGGGAGACAAACAGGACCCGAACCUUAACAAUCCAGCGGACGAGGACCAUGCGUAUGCUUUGAGGAUGCUGCCCAAGACAGGUUGCGUGAUCCAGCCUGUGCCAAAACCAGCAGAAAAGACUGCUAUUGCGCCGUGCAUUAUCUCAACGCCAAUACUCAGCACAGGGCCAGAGGAUCUGGAGCCACCAUUGAAAAGGAGGUGUCUCCGAAUUCGAAAUCAGAAUAAGUAAAGAUUACCUGCUGAGUCUCUCCUGUUGGUCCCAUAAAGGAACGCUCACUGACAGGGUACCUUGCAUGGAGAAAGGGAGCAGAGCAAACCACGUCACUCCACCGAAUGACACCAGCUGGUCCGCUCACCACCCCCUCUGGCUGAAAGUCCAGCAAAGAAAGCAGCUUCCUGUCAUGAAGCCCCUGAGGAAGUCUCGGUCCCACGGGUGCCUUUGACCCAGAAGACAGCACAUCAUAGAUCCACACAGUGUGCUCAGCAUUCCUGCGACCACCCCUCUUCUCCUCUCGGAACGCUUUUUCCUCUUUGUUUCUUGCUGGGGGGGAUUUUUCACCGGGUUUCAAAAACCACAUGGACCAACAUAGGUACUUUUCCCUCACUGACUUCGAAGUUCAGAUAUUUGAGACUGGACAAUGAUACGGAUUUUUUUUUUAAUUUUUUUUUCCUUUGAAAAACUGCUGUGGUUUUGCUGCUACACUAAGAAUCGUGAUUUGCAUUGUAUGGUUUUGGACCUAUUCAAGUUUUGAUGGGGGAAAGGGGUAAUACUGGAGUAGCAACGCUUCAGAGUCAUCUCUGUCCUACCCAUGAUGCACUUUUAAAUGAAGAGUUAGAAUAUUUUAUUGGCUAAUAUACUUUCCUUGUUAUUUUUACAAAGGCCACCUUUAUCCUUUCUAAUGCCAUAUUUUCAGUGUUACACUUUUAUGGCUUUUAAUUUUUGAUUUGACAGAUGUAAGAAGCAGCAUGAAUAGUUUAUACUGUGGUUUUUCAGAGACUGAAUGCCAAGAGAACUCAGUAAAUGUUUAUUCUUCUCAGCUUUCUCUUUAAAUUCCCCUAAAUAGCGCCCCAUUUGGGAACAGAGCAAGAGUGUUGAACUAAAGACCAAAAUUCCCUCAAGGUGUAAAAUAAUCUGAGGGGAAUAUUUGCUGGGCGUCACGAAAGACUUGGAUGAAAUUUCAACCCUGAUGGUUUUCAGUGAUCCAGGAAGGCAGUGAGACAAUCUCUCCAUAUGCAUAGCCCUUUCAUGAUAAUUAGAAUGGUAUGGACAAACCAAUGAAAACAAGGGUAAAGUGAGAAAGAUCCCCCAUGAUUCUGUUUCACUGUUUGCUUUCUCCUGUCAUGGUUAAGAGAAAUGUGCAAUUUGAUCCUCAAUCAGUGGGUGGAGGAUAACAGGGUAGAAUUUACUUGUGUGCACUUGUACAGUUGUAGCCAAGAGUCCAAAAGUACACUAGAGCAUGUUAUACUGGCACUGAAUUGGUAAGAGAGUUGUGGAGUAUCCCAUUCUGACAAAUAAAAAAGAAAAAAAAAGAAAAGAAAAAAAAUACAAAAACCCAUAAAAACCCCAGAAAAAAUCAAAAAGAAAGAAAAAAAAAACUUAAAAAAAUUUCAGAUCACCUUGUGAUUCAGUGUAACUGUUUACUAACUCGAAUAAAGCAAUUGUUCACUCUUGA